AUGUUUCCAGUUAGUGAAGUAAGUUUUCUUGACGACGAUCGGGAUAAGCGUGAACGACAACUCUCACAACUCGAAGGCUACUUGUCGUCACUUACCGAGUCUAUUUCUUCCAACGAGACUCGCCUUUCAAAAAUGCUUGAAGGCUGUUCCGAGAUUGUCGACGACGCAACUAUCAGUUCUUGGAAAAAUGAAAUACAUGAAUUUGAGAAACCCUCAGAAACUCAACAGCAACUCUCUGACUUUGAUGAAAUGGUGAAAAUUGUCGAAGAACUUAAAAAGCUGAGAAAACUGAGUUCAUCAGAAGCGAAACGACAGAGUCAAUCAUUUAAAGGGAUUAACCUCGUUCCGCAGAUUGUAUCUGAGAUUGAAAGGAAUGAGGAGAAAAGCGCCGUUGAGGUUAGUGAAAAUAGUAUUUUGUUGAAGAAAGUUAAGGGGGAUUCCCAAUUUUUCAAAGUGGUAUUGAGUGCUCUCGUUUCGUCAAAUCUCAAAAAUGGAGGUGAGAUUGUUGUUAUUACUCAGAACGAUUUCAUUAAGAUUUGCUUUGGCGAAAAGAUUCAGAGCUUUGACGAAUUUGUCGAUUACCUCAAGUCGAUGCUCACAUUGAUCAAUGACGUCAUUCAAAUGUACGGCAUGUCAGAGGACUGUGUUUUGGAUGUAACACCUCAGCUUGCGUUGGUCCUUUCAAAGGCCAGGGAAGGGUGCGGAGAAAGUGAGUUCGAUAAAGAGUGGAACGACGAAGUUAUAACGGAUGUUUUUAAAAGCGAUUUGAAGGGAUUUGUAUGGAAAAAAAUAAUUUAUAUGCUCUUCAUGGAAAAAAAUCUGAUGGAUUGA